AUGGUGGAAGUUGAAAAAUGCGAAAAGCCAUUCACUUUAUCGGCCACUUCCAGUUGGUUGGUUGGUUGGUUGGCUGGUGUGCCUGACAUGGCGACGGAUGUAGCAGGUGAACAUCCUGCUGCAAUGCAACACAAUUCGAGCAGCAUGUAUAGCGGUAAUUUCUACUGUAGCAUUUGUUGUAUGCUCUUCACCAUUUUCACGUGCUGUUUGCAACAUUUCCUUGCAACAACAACAGCAGCUGCAACGCUACUCACCGUGGCAACAAGAAGUGCCACAACCAAAUGCAGUAAAAGCAACAAUACCAGCAGUGGCUAUAAAGCGCCGCCGACAGCGUCAUUGCGCCAAGCAGCCGAACAACAGACAGCAAGAGCAACAGCUACAGUGGUUGCCGAAAGCAGGUGCAAUAGAAUAGGAAGUAGCAACAAUAAUUGCAGUCAAAGCCACAGUUCCAGCCUAAGCGGAAGCCGCAGCCGCAGCCACAGCCUCAGCUUCAACCUAAGGUGCAUUAGCAUUAGUGGUGCAACCUCAAGAAGUUCGCAUGCAACACGCGCAUUCAGUGAAAUUACGAGAUGAAGAUGAAGCUGUUGUGGCCAAGCAUGCACAGCACACACAGACACAUUCGCACCUAAACAUACGUACAUAUAUACAUGCAUUGUUACUCCAAAACAAAAAAUAAACACGCCUCAUUUCAAAAACGCCCACACACACACACAAAAUGAAGUAAUUGAUGCAACAGUUGCGCAGCUAUAAAAGCCGCACAAGUGGCGCGUCCUUUGCGAAGGUGGAAAACCGGCUGACGCUCGUGGAGAAUACGCUGCGCUCUCUAAGAUGCAAGGCGGUGAGUUGGAAGUAGAAAAAGGAAGUGGAAGCAUUAAAGUUUAAGCACUCAAGCGCUGAAAAUGUCUCAGUGCAAACGUCCUAUGCUUCGUUGCGCCGCACACAGCAGCUUCGGCUGAUUCGGCGUUUUCAUAGCACGCAAUCUUAAUAAAGCUAAGUAAAAAAAAAAAGCCGGAAAGAGCCUAGCAAGAAGUGAGCCCGCAUAGCGU